GUAUCAAUCAGAGGAUAGGUCGUUAUUGACCAAAUAUGUCCUAAAACGAUUCUGGGUCCAAUUUGAAAAGAUCUUCCCUGUGUGGAUGGCCCCAAACAUGGUUACGCUUUCGGGACUGAUGUUCAUUUUGGCCUCUUUGCUUCUUGUGUUCUACGUGGAUCCAGAUUUGAAUCAGCAAUCGCCUCGAUGGUGCUACUUGGUCUAUGCACUGUCCAUUUUCCUGUACCAAACCUUUGAUGCAUGUGAUGGAAUCCACGCAAGAAGAACAGGACAAUCUGGUCCCCUUGGAGAGUUGUUCGACCAUUGUGUUGAUGCGGUUAACACCAGUCUUUCUGUUCUGAUCUUUGCCUCUGUGGCAGGUUUGGGGAAGGGAUGGAUGGUGUACAUGUCUCAAUUUGCUUCUCUCAUGAAUUUCUACUUGUCGACGUGGGAGGAAUUCUAUACUCACAAACUAUUUUUGAGUGAGUGCUCGGGUCCUGUGGAAGGAAUCAUACUACUUGUUGUUCUUUUCAUUGCUACUGCGUUCAAUGGCCCAAGUUUCUGGAAAUUCGAGGUUUUCAGGGUCGACCUUUCUGCUUUCAACCUAUCUUCGAGCUAUCCAAUCAAAGCCCUUGAUUUGGCUUUAGCUUUUGGUGCUGUCUUCCUGUACUUUAACAUCGACUCGGCCCGUCGAAAUGUCAUUCGACAUGUUGCCUCUAAGACUGAACAGCAGUCCGCGAUGAGAGGUCUGGUGCCAUUCUUUGCUUACUAUGGCUCCGUUUUUGCGAUGCUAAUCCUUCACGAGCAGAUCAGAACAGUAUAUACUGUGCCAAUGAUGCUCACUAUUGGCUCUACAAUGGCAUUCACUGUGGGUCGUAUCAUUAUCGGUCAUUUGACAAAGCAAGAAUUCCCGAUCUUCAAUCUUCCGAUGCUUCUUCCCACGGUGCAGCUGAUUUUGAUCCCUUUGUUAUCACACGUCUAUGGAUAUGAUUAUGAUGGUGUUUUAUGUUCAAUUGUUUACCUUGGAUUUGGUGUUGCUCUUGGAGUUCAUGCUAUGUUCAUCCUAGAGGUGAUCUAUGAAAUUACAACUUAUCUGGACAUCUAUGCUCUGAGUAUAAAACACCAGAAAGUCUUUUAGAAACUCGACUGAAGCAUUAUUCACCGUCUUUCGAAGAUCCUUAUUGACUACAACACGCAUACAUGUAUACUACUAAAUCCUAAACCAAUUGCUUAUAUAUACACAAUGCUCGGCAACUAUUGCCUAUGUGAGCAACCAAGAACAUGCAUGGUUACGUAGGGUCAGUGAAAAGCUGACAGACUGUAUGUUGUUCCUAGUUUAUUUUGCAGCUGCAGCUGGCUGUUGUUCGCUUCCGGAGGCCAACAAGUCACUGCUACCUUGUUGCAACUGCAUUUCCUUUUCUAAUUCGUUCAACUGGGUCUCACCAAAAAUUCCCAAAGCCAAAGGAACUCCCAGAAGCAAGGUAGAAGAGGUCAGAAUCCACAAUCCAUUACCACAUUUCUUGGCCAAAGUUGACGCAGUGGAGGAAACAGACUCCAAAGUAGAAGCAAUGUAUUGUCUUUGCUCAGGCAAAAUCAUGUCCUUAAGUGCUUCGAUUCUCUGCAACAAAGUUUCAUUUUCGUCAAAUUCGUCUUCAGACUCAAAUUCAGAUUCGGUUUCAACUUCCUCUGCUCCUGACUUGAACACCUUUUCUUCAAGUUUUUGUUGACUCUCGUCUUCGAUUCUAGUUAGGGUGACC